AUGGUCGCCCAGCUAAUACACACGAUUGGCGAGUUCUUUACGGCGGGAAGACGAAAGCGCAAGAUGGACAGCUUCCUGGCUUAUUGGUACAGAUACUACUUUCUGAAGCGCGCCCAAUGGAUCUCGAAUAUGCAGGAAUUGGGCGACCAAGAGCCAAAUUUCCCGCCCGAGGUCGAAGGCGAGAUGCGCGAGGCUAUCAAGAGCAUCUCCAAGGGCAUUCGUUUCCCCAAGAAUUUGGAGGAAGUCGAACAGCGCAUCCAAACGAUAGAAGCAACCUAUCAGGAAAAGUUCGAGCGCUUCUUUGCCGGAGAACAGCGGCCGGUGGAAACGGAUGGGGAGGAAGAGGGACGGCCCGAGCGACCUCUACGGCAAAUCGAGGAAGAGGACGAGGAAGAUGAAGAGGAUGAGGGCGAGGCGGCCAACUGGACGCCGGAACGCCAGGAUGACGGGCAGAAGAAGGCCGCCGAGCCCGUGAAGGCAUUGGUUCCCCAAGAAGACGAUCUAGAGGUGCUCGAAGAGUUUGAGCGCCUCAUGAACGACAGCAUGAGAGCGACAGCCCCCACCAGCAGCACCGCCAACCAGUCGCUGAUCAACGUGCCGGCGCAGGUCCGCCAAAAGCUGCAGCGUCGCGUGGGAUUCGCCGACGGCGUCAACUCGGAGAAGCAGGGCCCCGGCGAAAUGCGCGUGUCGCUGGUGACCAAGGGCAAGAAUAACAAAAUGAUUCUGAAGCCCGUCGGCAUCAACGAGGCCGCCCUCGAGGAACAGUGGAAGGCGAAUCAGGAACGCGAAAGGAAAGAACGCGAAGACCUGAAGCGACUGACCCUCCGUCACACGCAGCGCAUGGCUCGCGAAGAAAACGAUGACGACUAC